CUCUCUCCUCUCUUUCUCUCUCGCUCCCUUCCUCCCUGUAACUGAACAGUGAAAAUUCACUGGAUCCGCUAACAGGCACAGAUGUCAUGUGAAAACGCACAUGCUCUGCCAUCCACACCGCCUUUCUUCCUUUUCUGUUUCCUUUCCCCCCCCCUUGCUCCUUCUCCUUCUUCUUUGUAACUAACAAAACCACCACCAACUCCUCCUCCUGCUGCGGCUGCCCUUCCUCCUCCUCCUCAGUCCAAGUGAUCACAAAAGAAAUCUUCUGAGCCGGAGGCGGUGGCAUUUUUAAAAAGCAAGCACAUUAGAGAGAAAGAAAAAAGAAAAACAAAAGCAAAACAAAACCCAGGCACCAGCCAGACAGCACAUUUUUUUCACCCUUCCUGAAAACAAACAACCAAACAACCAUCAAAACAGUCAUCACCACCACCAUCAAAACUGUUAGCAUAGCAGCGGCGGCGGCGGCAAACGUCACCCUCCGGCCACGGCGUCCGCCUAAAGGGAUGGUUUUCUCGGCGGAGCAGCUCUUUGCCGACCACCUUCUUCACUCGUGCUGAGCAGGAUUUUUGGGCUCCGCGGUUCGGGCUGGGAGCAGCUUCAUGACUACGCGGAGCGGGAGAGCGGCCACACCAUGCGAGCACAAAUUGAAGUGAUACCAUGCAAAAUUUGUGGCGAUAAGUCCUCCGGGAUCCACUACGGAGUGAUCACGUGUGAAGGCUGCAAGGGCUUCUUCAGGAGGAGCCAGCAAAACAAUGCCUCUUAUUCCUGCCCAAGGCAGAGAAACUGUUUAAUCGACAGAACCAACAGAAACCGUUGCCAACACUGCCGACUGCAAAAGUGUCUUGCCCUGGGAAUGUCGAGAGAUGCCGUGAAGUUCGGCAGGAUGUCCAAGAAGCAGAGGGACAGCCUGUAUGCUGAGGUGCAGAAGCACCAGCAGCGGCUGCAGGAACAGCGGCAGCAGCAGAGCGGGGAGGCCGAAGCCCUGGCCAGGGUGUACAGCAGCAGCAUCAGCAACGGCCUCAGCAGCCUCAACAGCGAGGCCGGCGGCACUUACGCCAACGGACACGUCAUCGACCUGCCCAAGUCCGAGGGGUAUUACAGCGUGGAUUCCGGCCAGCCGUCCCCUGAUCAGUCAGGACUUGACAUGACUGGGAUCAAACAGAUAAAGCAAGAGCCUAUCUAUGACCUCACGUCCGUACCCAACUUGUUUACCUAUAGCUCUUUCAACAACGGGCAGCUAGCGCCAGGGAUAACGAUGACCGAAAUCGAUCGAAUUGCACAGAACAUCAUUAAGUCCCAUCUGGAGACAUGUCAGUACACCAUGGAGGAGCUACACCAGCUGGCGUGGCAGACCCACACCUAUGAAGAAAUUAAAGCGUAUCAAAGCAAGUCCAGGGAAGCCCUAUGGCAGCAAUGCGCGAUCCAGAUCACGCACGCUAUCCAGUACGUGGUAGAGUUCGCCAAGCGGAUAACGGGCUUCAUGGAGCUCUGUCAAAAUGAUCAAAUUCUACUUCUGAAGUCAGGUUGCUUGGAAGUGGUUUUAGUGAGAAUGUGCCGUGCCUUCAACCCAUUAAACAACACUGUUCUGUUUGAAGGAAAAUAUGGAGGAAUGCAGAUGUUCAAGGCCUUAGGUUCUGAUGACCUGGUGAAUGAAGCAUUUGACUUUGCAAAGAAUUUAUGUUCCUUGCAGCUGACUGAGGAGGAGAUUGCUUUGUUCUCAUCUGCUGUUCUGAUAUCUCCAGACCGAGCCUGGCUGAUAGAACCAAGGAAGGUCCAGAAGCUUCAGGAAAAAAUUUAUUUUGCACUUCAACAUGUGAUUCAGAAGAAUCACCUAGAUGAUGAGACCUUGGCAAAGUUAAUAGCCAAGAUCCCCACCAUCACGGCGGUCUGCAACUUGCACGGGGAGAAGCUGCAGGUAUUCAAACAAUCACAUCCAGACAUAGUGAAUACACUCUUUCCUCCAUUAUACAAGGAGCUCUUUAAUCCUGACUGUGCCACCGUCUGCAAAUGAAGGCGACCAGAGGAUUGUCUCCUAGUCAUGGAAUGCAUCACCAUUAAGACAAAAGCAAUGUGUUCAUGAAGACUUAAGAAAAAAUGUCUACUGCAACAUUAGGAAUGUCCUGCACUUAAUAGAAUUAUUUUUCACCGCUACAGUUUGAAGAAUGUAAAUAUGCACCUGAGUGGGGCUCUUUUAUUUGUUUGUUUUUGAAAUGACCAUAAAUAUACAAAUAGAGGACACUGGGUGUUAUCUUUUUUUUUUUAAUUUUAUUUUAUUCGGGUAUGUUUUGGGAGACAACUGUUUAUAGAAUUUUAUUGUAGAUAUAUACGAGAACAGAGCGGUACUUUACAUGAUUACUUUUCCUGUUAAUUGUUCAAAUAUAAUUUAAGAAAAUUCCACUUAAUAGGCUUACCUAUUUCUAUGUUUUUAGAUAGUUGAUGCAUGUGUAAAUUUGUAGCUGUCUUGGAAAGCACUGUGCAUGUAUGUAAUAAGUAUAUAAUAUCUGAGAAUAUUAUAUAUGACUAUUACUUACACCUGCACAUGCACUGUGGCUUAAAAUACCAUACCCACUAGCGAAGGAGGUUCAGUCAGGCUCUCUCAUAUUAUUUCCCUUCUGUGUUAUAUGUUACCUUUAUGUUAGACAAUCAGGAGUUUGUUUUCCCAGCCAGACUUUUCAACUAUCGUCUACGGCAGGAUGGUACCAAUUCAGAGAUAAGUCUAUAAAGGAAUAAAUAUAACGCACAGCCUCUGUAUAAGAACUCUAGCUCUAUCAGUGACAUCAAAGCCUUGUCAGGAUGGUAAAUAUUGAGGGGGGUGGGGGGAGGUAUUUGGAAGCCAUUUUCCUGUUUUAAGAAUUAGGCCACAGAUAAUAUUGUGGAGUCCAGGACUUUUUUUAACCAAACAGUCACUGUUUCCUAUCUUUCACCAGGACACGCAAAACACUUCUUUUUUUCCUUUGGAUUUCGGGCUGGGAAAGAAACUGAUUUUGGUGCUUAUUGUAUCUUCAGCAGAGAAAUGCAGUCUGUAGGUUUGACCACCAGCAAUUUUUUUCUAAUAAAAUUAGAGUCACAGCAGAAAUCAGAACCCAGGGUCCGGAUGCCAUUUCAUGUAAACAUGUUCUCUCUACCUGUUUUGUUUUGGUUUGGGUUUUGGGGGGAGCUUUUUGGGGUUUUCUUGUGUUGUUGUUGUUGUUUUUUGUUUUUGGCAAAGAAGAAGUAGAAAGAGCACCUACAAAGUAAAGAAGCAGUUCUUCAUGUGCAUUCUCUUUGCUAAGUUUGUUAGAAAACGCAGCAAUAAAGGGGGAGGCAGGAUUUUAUAUGUCCUUCUAGUGUGGGGCCUCUAAUUUCUCUCAACUCCAAAAUGCUGUACUGUAAGCACAGAGCAAGAACUCGACAGAUCUGAGUUAUUCUGUAGAACUAAUACACCCCAAAGCCAAAACUAUUUCCUAUGCAGUUUGACAUUGCAUCAUCCAUCUAGCGUGGGCUUACUUUUUUUUUAGCAACUUGUACAAAGUACAGAAUGCAAGAGGCGAGAUGAGGUUUAGUGAAUUCAGACUUCCUAGGACAAGUGUUCCCGCUCCACCUGCUCUGCAAGCCAGCUGAGGACCAGGAAAACAGAAACCCCAAGCAGCCUGUUCGGCCUGAGCUCUGGAGGCCCAAUGCCUUGGGUCGGAGCUGACCCCAAACAAGAGUAGUUAAAAAAGGAAGCUAGAGCCGAGCUUUGUGUAAAAGACAAUGACAUGCACCAUCUCCCGUAAGCGUAAGCGUAGCCGUGGACUCACGAGGCCCCGCCCUUUCCUCCUCAUCAAACACGCACGCACACCUGCUUCGUAAAGUUUCCAUCAGUGGAAACUUUGAUUUCCUUUUAAUCUCUGAUGCUCUCCUAAAGUUACAUGGUCUUGAGAGCCAUCUCCGCGAUGCCACAGAACCCCUCCUUCAUGAUCAGACCGUAGUGCUAGUCUUUUCUUCUAGAGGACAGAGCCUUUUCACACCUCAUGAUUGAUGAAUUCCAAACCCAUGGGGAAAAACAAAAAGGCUUUAAAAUAAUGACUCUCUUUCUCAACUACUGUUAUAUUCAAUUAAUUUAACUACAUUGAACCAAAUUACCUUCGGCGUCUAAGAAGACAGCUGCAGACUGCAUAUUAUGCCGCUGCAGGGACUUGGUUGCUUCUGGUGUAAAUGUCACUCCUGCUAGCUCUUUGUAUAAAGAAUUAAUUCCAAGAGUCAUAUUUCCUUCUAAUGGAAAGAUUACUUUACUGAUUGCUAGGAAAACAGGGUAAUGGAAGGCGCUCAAUUAAACCAAGCCGUUUCCAAAUGCAAUGUAUGUUUUAUGAUUGGCUUGUGAUAGGCAAUGCUUAAUGUGUCUACUUGGUGUUUCCCUUUGAGCUUUGAACUUAUGUCAGACUUUGUUUUCAUUGUUCUGUUGGCCUAGUGUUUUCCGUUGUCGGCCUGUAAUUCCUGCUCCGUUGCAAAGGGAAUCAUUUGUUUCCUCCAGUCCACCUUAGAGGAUUUAAAUUGGCUCAGUUGAUGAAGUGGCUGAGAAUUUUUUCCUUCCCUGUCCCAUGGGUGAUGUAGAAAAAGGAUUGCUCCCCACAUUUGCCUCAGGAGGUCCUGGAUUUGAGUUUGUUUGCCAUUUCCACUAGUGCAAGCAUUUCACUGGGAUGGCAGGAACCUUUUGAAGCGAGGGGACAGGAAACAGCUAGCGAUUGAAUCAGAACAAAACAGUGGAAACCAGUACGUGCUCAGCCCGCCUCAGUAGAGAAGAGAGAUGUCCAUUUUGCACCCCAGUUGCCAAAUCUGUCCCUGAAAAGAGAACCUGGGCAUAUUUUCAGUGGUAACAAAAGCCUUUAAAAGCUGCCUUUGGAACAUCUCCUAUGACCCCAUCUCAAGGUAUUUUGAAAUUUGGUAGAGGACAACUUUCUGUACCACAUGCCAUCUUUGUCCCUUACCAACACCUUCACGCUACAAUGCGCACUGGACGAAAGAACCCAUGAGCUUCACUUCAUGCUUCGUAAAUGACAAUCACUGCUUGAUGCAGAUGUUGCACUGUAUCCACUCAGGGAUGUUUCAUUUAAAAAAAAAAAAAA